AUGGCCUCUACGUACGGCUCCGUCACGAAUCCAAACAUGAAGAGGCGCGAGCGCAAGAGCAGGCCGCAGGCCCAGCCGGCGCCAAAGCCCGCCGAGAAGAAAGCCCCAGCGGCGGCGGCGGCGCCCAGCCCGGCGCCCGAGGUCAAGGAGGAGACCAAGCCGGCGGCGGCCAGAGACAUGUUUGCCAAAAAGGCGGGCGCAGGUGCCGCGGCGCCGGCCAAGGCUGCGCCUUCGCUUAAGCGCGGCGGCUCGUCGGGCAUCAUGUCUGCGUUUUCCAAAGCGGCGGCCAAGGCCUCGAAGGGAGGCUCCAAGCCGUCGUCCAACGCGUCCACGCCCAAACCGGUCGACUCGCCCGCGCUGUCGGAUGACGGCGAAGACGACGAAGACCCGCUGCCUGCGCCGAAGAGGGCUGCUGCAGAAGGGGGCCGCAAAUCUCGACAGGACCGCGAGGCGGCCCUCCGGCAGAUGAUGGAGGAGAGCGAGGACGAGCCAGAGGACGAGGAGGACAAGGAUGAGGAGGAGGAGGAAGCGGCGGCAGACGAGCCUAUGGAGGACGUGCACGAGCCAGCGCUCGACAGGAAGACUGACAUCCCGGCCAGGCAAUCUGAAGAGGUCGUGGCGAGCACAGGCGACGGGCGGCGUCGCGGCAAGCGGCGCGUCAUGAAAAAGACACAGACGGUGGACAAGGAGGGUUAUUUCGUCACGACGCAAGAAGAAGCCUGGGAGUCAUUCUCGGAAGACGAGCCCGCGCCUCGAGCGCCUGCACUCGCCAAGGUGGCUGCGGCGCCGAGCUCUGGGACGCAGCCCAAGGCGAAGAAGGCAGCGCCCAAGGGCCAGGGCAACAUUAUGUCUUUCUUUUCAAAGAAGUGA